AUGCCGGUCGAGCGUCCGUGCUUCGACAGACUUGGGGACUCGCUCGAAUCGAUGCCAUCUUCGCCUACGGGCCUGGCUUCACUAGAAUUGAGUGGGUUCCAUCCUGAGGCGGUCACGAUGGCUUCAUCACGCCCGUCUGCUUCCUCUUGUGAUCUUUUGGUGGAGCUCCAGUCUACUGCUGGGCUCCGCUACAACGCAGCCCGCUUCACCGUCGCCACCAUCGUCACCUCCGCUACCGUCACUCCAUCGUCGUCGCAGCUACCGUCGCCGCCGUCACCUCCAUCUCCUAUUGGGUCUUCAGCGGCCUCGCCCGCUUCUGCUCCGUCCGCCGUUUCUCCGCCGCCUGCGCUGAACACCGCGCGAUCAUCACCUCUGGGACGACGUUUCGGUGGCGUCGGACGUGUCUGGCGAGUUUAUUUUAGCCGCUUGAAGGAGCUGCAUUGUGGUCCGCUCUUCGGCACCUCCGAUGAAGAAGCAGAACAGGGCGGCUCGGACGGUCCGCACGCGGCGCGUCAACCAUCCUCCACUCUCUCAAUAAUUAGCCUGUUUGAUGAUGACAGCGAUGAGGAGACUGUGCCUGUUGGUACCCUCAAUCGCUUGAAGCGCAGCGACGACUCCGGUGACUGGCAUCCGUAUGAUUUGCUGUCAGCUCCGGCGAAACACCCCGCAAAUGGUCGUGUCAAUCACUACGACCCGGCGGCACCAUGGGAUUACUCGGCGCCAGUCAAUAUUGAGCAGCUGCACGACGUUCGCGGUGAAUCUCCGCAUCGCUGCUUCCAGGUGGAAUGGCAGAUUACUCCGCUUCAGCUGAGCUGGGUAUGGGAAGAGCAACUCGACCAGCGCUUCGCUCGGCGCAUGUCAAGUGAUUCAAUGGCGUGA